AUGACCAGCCCCGAGCGCAUCCAAGGACGCGUCGUCGCUCGCCGCUACCACGGCAAAACCUUAUCGUUCUGUACCCUCUUGGUGCGCCACACGAGCAGUCUUGAUCUCGCCACGUACAAGGACCACACCGCCGUGAACGACGAGACCGGUCUCCCAGUUCAAGUUUGCUUUGAAGCCACGCGUCUCGAGCCGGUCGUCGCGCCAUGGCUGGCCUUUCCUGCCGCGAAGCGUGCGAUCGUGCACAGUGACGAGGUCCUCGUCGACGUUAUGCCGCAUGUCAACGCCCACGGCCGCGCGCAGCUUCUCGUUCUUCGAUGGCGCUUCCUCGACACGGACGGCGUCGUCGAUCCCGUCACGGCCCAGCACGACCUCCUCGAGAGCCGUCUCGCCAAGGCGAGCGCUAUCUUGCACCACUUUGUCGCGCUUCCAAAGCGACUGCAUCCGAUUCCUGCGCGCCUCUCGUGGUUCAAGACGGCGCUUCCUGGCGCGGCCGUCGCGCUGUGCUGCGGCAUCUUGAGCCACCAAGAUCGCAUCGCGCUCCCGACAGCCGCGGCGAUUCUCUCGACGUCGUGGACGCUCCUUGCGACCCAAGAUGUGUGGGCCCAACGCAUGCUGCCGCAGCUGCCACCACUGCCGGAAGCAGAAAUGGCCGUCGACGCGGAGGUCUGCCGCCUCUUUGCCACGGUGCCUGGUGGCUUUCAGGACGUGGCCGCCGGCGAGCUCAUCGAGAAGGUCGAUGCGUUCGACAUUGAGCUUCUCGAAGGCAAGGUCGUGUUUUCCAUCCCGCUCGCUGCCUUGCCGCGCCUUCGCUCCCUGCGCUCGAUCGAGAAGCUCUACGUGCUGCUUCUCAAGGCCAGCGACCUCCUCGCCUCUGCGCACGUGCUGGGGCAGCUCCAGCACGAUGUGCCUGCCGUCGUGCCGCGUGCACUCCUCGAACAUGCCCUGGACGUCUACCAAGCGUUCCACAACCUCGAUCGUCGCGCACAGACCUUUCGUGUGACGCUGCGGCUGAGUGGCGUCGCACCCAUGAGCCAGCUGGAGCUCGCACAAGCCUUGGCGGCGGGCAUGCCUCGGCGCUUCCAUCUCUCGCCCGAGCUCAAGGGCUUUGACGUCGAGAUCUUCUCGCACGUCCAGUACCCGCCGCCGUACACCUCGGGCAGCAUGCUCCUCGGGCUCUCGCUGCUGCGGCGCACGAUGGCCUUUGACGAGCUCGGCGCUCACGUGGGCAACGGCGUGAGCGCGACGGGCCGGCAGCUGUCACUGACGACGCUUCGCCCGACGAUCGCCACGAUCCUCGUCGACCCCAUGUGCGGCUGCGGCACGAUUCCCGAGAUGGCGGCCAAGCACUUUAGCGGCCAGCUUGUUUGCAUCGCCGGCGACUAUGCAGACGCUGCGAUCGAGCGCGCAGCGCACAACGCGGCGCUGGCGAGUGCGGCCAACCCCAACCUUUUUCUGGACGUGGUGCAGUGGGACUGUCGCCGGCUUCCGAUUCGCCGCGAUUUUGUCGACGCGCUCGUGACCGACAUGCCGUUCGGGAAGCGCAUCGGGUCUCACGCCAAGAACAAUGGCAGCUACCCCGAGAUUUUACACGAAUUUUGCCGCGUGACGAAAAAGGGUACCGGGCACGCCGUGCUGCUCACGACCGAGCGCGAGCUCCUCGCCAAGCAGCUCGGCCGCUACAAGACAUGGAUCGCGCACCGCCAAGCGACCGUCAACGUCGGCGGCCUCGACGCCAAGUGCUUUCACCUCUCCUACUUGUAG